AUGAGAGUUGUCCCGACAUUGAAGACUGCUCCGGGCCCCCUGUGGAGGCUCUUUGUGGAGGCAGGGCUGUCUCCGCGCUUUGGAACACACUCACUGCACUCUGAAGGUGUGACCGCUGCCGUUAACAACCGUGCGGAUUGCAGCUUGGUGCAGCAGCUGGGUGCUGGAAGAGUGCGGAGGUUUCGAGAGCAUAAUGGUGAAGACAGCACCGCGGCUGGGGCAUGGGUCGGUAUCGUACUAAUUGUCCUUUAUUAUGGGUUUAAGUUUGGAGUACCCGUAUCGGGCAACCCCGGGGGUUGCCACAAUGCAGCGGUCCCUGGUUUGUCCUUGCUGGUUUCGGGUGGGUCGCCCGCGUGGCUCUUGUCGGGGCGCUUGAGGUUGCAGAUUCGUUAACGGUGCAACACAGGUAACUGUCAUUACUAUCGGCCACUAAUGCAACUUUCACAAUGGGUUGGUGUUGGGAGGGGGUUUCGCAACGGGUUGCUUUGCUACGGAGUUGUGCUUGCGGUUGGCGGCUUAGCUACUGUAACGCACCACGGCAGG